AUGAUGUCUGCAUUUCAACUUUAUUUUGUUUCACUCUUUUGGGGUCAAAUAGAAGCUACAAUCAACUUUUCACAAACAAUGAAGGCAUGGAGAUAUGAUGAAUGGAAAGAUUUUGAAUUGUAUUUCUUUAUUGAUGAAAUUGAAAUUCCAUAUAUCAUCUCUUUUCUGACGUUUUCUCUAUUCCUCUUGCCUGUCCUUCUACUGUUUGCAUUCAUUCGUUACCAGGAGAUGAGAUUUCAAAUAUUAAUUGAUCGCCGUCUUUUUCAUUUUGCAGAGUAA